GCGACAUUACUAUAGAAACAAAAGGAAACGAGAGCAUAGGGAACAAAAAGGGUGGCUCCAAUAUUGUACUCUCUUGUUCUAUUUCUUUUGAGCACGAUUGUUAAGAAGAGUAUAAUUAAUAUAGUAAAAUGUGUAAAGAUCUGUGAUCAAAUUGUUUGUAAUAUAAAAUACGAUUUGAGGACGUUUGAGGCUUCAAACGAAGGCUUGAAGCUGACUGGUCUGUUCAGCUGCGAUUUUGACGAAUUCUUAUGGUGCGGCGCUAUUAAGACCUUCAUUCCGGAUUUGAUUUAUUUAGCUUCGACUUUAAGUAACAUAACAAGAGCCGCCGCAAUACCGCAUCGGUAGCUGCUGCAUUAGUUGGGUUAACUGGUUGGUUGAUUGCGCAAUCAGCGACGCCGAUUUGAGCAGGCACGUGUCCACGUGUCCUCGUCUGGACGCCUUUAUUCUCAGCGCCGUCCACAGUCGGCCAAAACGCCCCACCCUCUCUCCGCCCGCCGCGUGGCACAGCCAUACAUAUAAAUGCAAAUACAAAUAGAAACUACGGCCGUCACCGUAAAUACACCCAAAAAAGAUUCUCCCCAAAAUUAUUUUUAACUCUCCGCCUAUAAAUACUGCCACCAACGAACCAAACUUUAGCGAUUCCAACAAAAUUUGAAAAUUGAAACCCUUUCACUCUUCUCCAAUUCUUCAAUGACGUGGACGAGGGGUCCCACCAUCGGCCGGGGCUCCACCGCAACGGUUUCCAUCGCCGCCACCCCCGCCGGCGACAUCUUCGCCGUCAAGUCUACUGAUCUCGCUUCCUCCGCCUUGCUGAAGAAGGAGGAAUCAUUCAUCUCUCAGCUCUCCUCUCCUUACGUCAUUCGCUGCUUAGGCUCAGAUGUCACCUCCGACGAUGAUAAAUCCGUCUACAAUCUGUUUCUAGAAUAUUCCAGCGGCGGUUCGCUUUCCGAUCUGAUCGGAAAGCGGGGAGGCGCGUUGGACGAGAAAACGAUUCGAUUUUAUUCCAAGCAGCUGCUCACGGGAUUGGAAUAUCUCCACCGCAGUGGAUUGGUGCACUGCGACAUCAAAGGCCAGAACAUUCUCGUCGGCGGCGGCGGCGCUGGGGUGAAGAUCGGCGAUUUCGGGUGCGCAAAAUGGGCGGCAACCGGCGGGGUGUUUUCCGGCACGCCGGCGUACAUGGCGCCGGAGGCCUCCCGAGGCGAGGAGCAGAGUUUCCCGGCGGAUGUGUGGUCGGUGGGAUGCACGGUAAUAGAAAUGGCCACCGGAUGCCACCCAUGGCCGGAGAUGAAGGAUCCGGCGGCGGCGCUUUACCGGAUCGCGUUCUCCGACGACGUGCCGGAGCCGCCGAGCUGGUUUUCCGGCGAGGCGAGGGAUUUCGUGGGGAAGUGUUUGGUGAGGGACCCAAGGAGGCGGUGGACGGCGGCGGAGCUGCUGCGGCAUCCGUUUUUGGAUUCGGCGGAGGAGGGUUGCGGCGGAAUUGGAGAAGGGACGAGGAGGUCUCCGACGAGUGUGACGGAUCAAGACUUUUGGGAUGCAGUGGAGGUGUCUGAAUGUUUGGAAAUUCCGACGGAGAUGAUGUCGUCAUCGCCGACGGAUUCACCUAAUAGUAGGAUCCGAGCACUGGUCGGUGGUAGUGGACCGACGAGGUGGGAUUUUGGAGAGGAUCAAGAAUGGGUGACUGUGAGGGCUAAUGAAUUUGAAGAAUGUCAAGAUCUGCAUCAAGAUUUUGGAGAUUUUAUUGAGGAAGAAGAAAUUUCAUAUUCAGAUUUGGUGUUGGUGGAGGAUUAUUCUUGGUUUGAUUUUUUCAUUGGAGUUAGUGGUUGUGCAGCAUCAUUCACACAGAAACAGAGUGUAAAAUAUUUUGUCUAUUCAGAAUUUUUAGAUUUGAAGAUUAUGUUAAUUGAAUUUUUUCUUCAUCCAGAUCAAGUUUCUUUGCUGCCUUUUCUACCUUUAGAUUUUUGUUAUUGUUAUUCAAAUGAUCUUUUGCUGCCUUUUCUCAAAGAUGAUACUAACUCUAAUAUGAUAGUGACAGUUAGUAGUUAG